AUGAGGAUUAGAGAUGAUCUUCAGAAAGAUGACCUUUUCAGGAACGAUGAAGGCUCCUCCUCUUCCAUCAACUCUUCAAAGCCUGACGUUAAUUCAGAAGAUACAUCUCGUCGAAUCUUAGAUGUUAUGGUUGAGUAUGCCCUGAACAAAUUCGACGACUCAAAGGAGCGACUGGAACAGGGCGCAGACACGUUCCUGUCGGCUAUACAUCACUUCGUUGCUGCAGGGACCCGGGUAGAAGCAUGUCUCCCCGCAUUUCCAUUCAAGUCUGCCAACAAGGUGUACAAGGUUCUUGGUAACCUGCCAGAUAAGGCGGAAGAGCUAGCUCUCUGCCGGUUAAACACCAUGUGUACACGCAUACAAGAGGUGUACCAGCCUGGCGCUCAAGUCACCAUUAUAUCGGAUGGCAUCACAUACAACGAUUUGUUGUGUAUAUCGGACCAAGACACAUGGGCUUAUGGAGAGGCUCUACGAAAGCUGGCGGCCCAGAAGAAGUUCAACUUCAUCAGCUUUUCCAGAAUGAAAGACCUCCUUGACUUUCCUUUGCCCCAAAAGAUGACGGAGAUUACUUACGUUGCCAACUGCACCACUUUCCGCCGCUUGCUGCUUAACAAGUACGGCAAAGCUGACCUCGAUAUCGACCAUGAGAUUGCUACGAAUCCCGAUACAAAGCUAACAUACCUCGGAUACAAGAGGUUCUUGGAGUCUGAUUUAAAAUACAUCUUCCCUAGAGGAGCGGAUAGAACUGCAAAUGGCUACAGGAGGGAUUGCAAGUAUCUUGCCAAGCAGAUGUUGAUCCGAGGUUAUGCCUUUGCGGGUGCUGUCAAGAACGCCUACCCCAAUCAUUUACGGCUUUCAAUCCACGAGUCGGUGGUUGGUAACAAGGUUUCGAUAUGUCUACUCAACACCAAGACUGGAUUCACGACCCCAUGGCACUGCAGCGUUGCUCAGCUAGCAGAUGGGGAAUGGAUCAGCGCUCCCAUGGGUGAGUUCAUCAAAGAUGAUAGGCUGGAGCUCAUAUACGUGGAUGGUCAGCCAAGUUACUUCAAGGAGAAGCCGCGGGAGGCAGACGCCCUUGGCAUCAGUGAAGCGACAGCAAGCUAUCUCCAAGAAGCCCGGCCUCUCAGCGCAAGUGGAUAUCUCAGCGGAGCAUCUACGCCCAUGAAAACUUCGCCUGGACGUUCUUCUCUCACACCUCCAGCAACCGAAGAAAGCAGUGCGGCUACUACGCCCAAGACGCCGCCUCCUCGCGCACUUCCAUCUUGCAGUCCGGACGCCGUCGCGGAGGAUGAGUUGAAUAGUGAUUUUCUGCUGGAAUGCCACAAUGAAUCUGCUUCGAUUCCGUACGGCAAGAGGCUCAUUCCUCAGAUCAUGGACAGCUUGGCUGUUGCCGAUCCGGAGCGUACUGUAUUCUCGUUGACAUCAUUGUCCCACGGCUCACCUGAAUUCAAGCAAAUUUCUGCUCUUGCAUUCACCAAGGCUGUGGACAAGACUGCAUGGUGGCUUCACAACCGUGUUGGCAAGCCCGAGUCUGUCCUCCCUAUAGGAUAUAUCGGACCACAUGACCUGAGACAUAUCCUGUUGACCUAUGCUUGCGUCAAAGUUGGCUACGCGGCCUUGUUUCUAUCACCCAAGAACAAUACAGAAGGAGCAUUGGCAGUCCUUGAGGCAACAAAAUGCAAUAUCUGGGCUACCGCUGGCGGAGCUUCACCAGUACCUCUGGCUAGGGAAAUCCUGCGGCAACGUUCUAUGAAUGUGCUGCAACUUCCUUUACUCGAUGAGCUGCUUGAUGCCGAUUCAACUGAACCAUUUCCCUACAACAAGUCGUUCGAGGAGGCCAUCGACGAGCCGUUUUGCUUCCUGCAUACCUCUGGGAGUACAGGAGUGCCGAAGCCUAUUCCAUGGUCUCAUGGCUUGAUCGGUACCAUGGAUGCGGUGCGACUGCUGCCGCCCGUUGACGGUGAUGACAAUUUGCUGCCAUGGACAUCUGACUGGAGAUCAGGCGAUACAAUCUACUCAUCGUUCCCUAUGAGCCAUGGUGCUGGUAUUAUAAUGGAUAUCCUUAUGCCCGCCUUGUUUGAGUUACACUGUGUCUUGGGACCGGCGGGUGUUUUACCCAGUCUCAAUGUUAUCGAAACCCUCGCAGAACAUGCCAAGAUUGAUAUCUGGAGCAUGGUUCCGUCUCUUGUGGACGAGGUUGGGGAAGCUCCGGAAGUUUUGAGCAAGCUGAAGCCAUCUAAAUUCAUCUGCGCAUCUGGUGGUCCUGUCAGUCCUAUAAGCGCCGGCAAGGUAAACGAGGUCAUAAGAGUGUUGAACUUGACCGGUACAACAGAGGGUCUGUUUAUAGGAAACCUCGUGACUCCGAGAGAGAAUUGGCUCUGGUUCUGCUUCCAUCCGUACUCCGGGUUUGAGUUCAAAGAAGUCGAGGAGGGAAAAUAUGAGCAUUGGGUGCAUCGCAAUCAACACUGGGCCCUGUUUCAAGGGAUCUUCCACACUUUCCCAGACAAAGACUCGAUCAACUUUAAAGACUUGUACACGAGACAUCCUACCAAGCCGAAUCUAUGGGCUUACAAGGGAAGAAGCGAUGACCUUGUGGUGUUGUCCAACGGCUACAAGAUUACCCCCUUGGAAAUGGAAGCUUUUAUUACUACUCACCCUGCAAUCAACGGAUGUCUUAUUUUUGGCACCGGGAAACCACAGGCAGGUCUCCUCAUAGAGUUGAAGGACCCUUUGUCGAAACCUGACACGCUUCUCGACAGCAUCUGGGAGACGGUCAAGAAGGCCAACUCCCUCUCUAGACACACAAACCAGCUGCUGAAGGACUUUGUUACUUUUUCAGAGCCCAACAAGCCUUUUAUUCGCACGGAUAAAGGCACUGUCAAGCGUACCGCUACCUUGGCACUUUACGCCGACUAUAUUGAACGCUUCUACGGUUCUCGCAAUGAAGAUUUUACUGGCAACUUCCUCGUCGACUUGAACUCGACUACAUCAAUUCAGAAUUGUCUCCGUGAGAUUCUCACGUCCUCAAUCCCUGACAUUCAGGACGUACCGUCAGAUUCGAAUCUAUUUGAUCUCGGGUUGGACUCCCUCGGCGUCUUUGCAGCCAUCAAAACUAUUCGGGCUGCUACAGGCUUGGGAGAGCAGGUCGCUCCUCGCCACAUUUACGCCAAUCCCACAAUCACCAGCCUGUCUGCUACUAUUGCACGCGUAGCGGCUACAGUGAAGACAACAAACGAGUCUGUCGACGGGGAUGAUGAUGAUGGGGUCUCCAAGAUGAGAAACAUGAUUGCCAAGCACAGAGCGCGACAAUCAUUUCCUUUGAACGCAUUGGACUAUGUCAACCCGAACCACGGCAUGGGCCUUGUGUUCUACAUUUCAUUACAUGAAGGCGUCAGCUACGAGCAAGUAUUCACCAACUUGCAAGAAGGUCUGAACCGAACGUUCGAUAUGAUCCCGGCUCUGAGCGGCAGGAUGAUGAACCGCUCAGAGCAAGAAAUCGGGUAUACUAAGGGGGACCUCUGCGUCACCAUUUCGCCUUUAUCUAUGGCGGCCUCUGUCCGCAAUAGACUGAGAUACAAGGAUCUUUCCGGCGUUCUUCCGUCGUUUGCAGAGUUGCGAGAAGCGGGAUUUGCACCGUCCGCCUUCAAGGACAGUCUUGUUUUACGAGAUGACCCCUUCCCCGAGAUGCCCGCCGACAUCUUCGUCGGUCAGGUCAACUUCGUUUCAGGGGGCUGCAUCAUCGCCGUCGAGCUAAACCAUUGCUGUCUCGACGGUAUCGGCGUCAUGGUUGCUAUCAAGGCUUGGGCCGAGAACUGCAGAUAUCUCCAGGGCGACAAAUCGGCAACGUGCGAUUGGUAUGAUCCAGAGAGUUUCAAUCACAGUUUGCCCGAGAUAAUUCACGAGCAAGAAGGCUGGAUUCGACCUCUUCGUGAAAUUGAUCCCGGCACAUGGGGAUUUCUACCAUUCUUUCCCCCGGAGGACGAGUCCCCCAGAGGAGCCGUUGAGAAGAACUCGACGGCCAUCACACCCGUAGCUCCCCAGAACGUGCCAAACGAAUGGACACUCAAUCCUCGCCCUGUAUUUCCCCUGCACUCUGUAUGGCCGCUUCCUCGCGCUGAAAGAUGCUUGAAGACUACCUUGUUUUCGAUCACGCCAGACAAGCUGGAACAAAUGAAGCAGGACGUCAUGGCAGACCCCGAGGCCAAAGGGGUCAUCACGUCCAUAAGCGAUAUCUUGCAAGCCUUCUUCUGGCGAGCAGCUAUAAGGGCACGAUAUCGCGUUGCUACGGAAAUUCGCAAACAAACCUUUGGUCCUGAGGACAUGUCCAUUCUUGAGCUGCCUACCGAUGGCCGCCCAUACUUCUCCUCACUACUGCCAUCGACUUAUAUGGGCAGUCUCCUCAUUCUCAAUCGGACCAGCAUGCCCGUAGAGAAACUCUGCUCUUCCAAAACAAGUAUUGGACAGGUCGCGUACCUGCUCCGUCAGUCCGCCGCGCGCAUCACUCCUUCUCUUGUGCAUGAUGCCUUUACGCUCUUGCAGUCUCUCCCAGACCACAGCAGAUUCUCGACGGCAAAUAUGGGCCUCGAGCAUAUGCACGCCAUGAUAUCCAAUAUGAUGCUGUUCCCAACGAGCGAGAUUUGCUUUGGGGACAGGUUCUUCGCCAACCAAGGUUCCCCCGAGUCUAUGCGGCCACAAAUAGAGCGUGGCAACGGCCGCUUCAGGUUUCUUGUCAUCUUUCCCGUGAAGAAAGACGGAGGAGUUGAGCUAGUUCUGGGCACACAUCCAGAGGAGUUGGACAUGUUUAAAACGGAUGAGGAAUUUACAAAUGAAAUGAGCACAUCAGAGAUUCUGUCUGCUUGGACUCGACCCAUGCCGAUUGAGCAAGUUGUGCUUAUCUUCGCAUUGUCAAACAAAGAUAUCCGCGAGAAUCCUACUUUUAGAGAGAGUGAGAAGAGCAUGGUGCCAGCGGUCAAUUCUCAGGUUGGCACACAACCAAGGGCCUACACUGCCCUUGACAGCGACGAAAGCUCAAGUCUCCUCAGCGAUCACGAUGUCGACGGUGACCAUGAUGGAAAUGAAGACCGCGUUUGGGCUUCUGACAUUCAGUCUGGUGUGCAGAACAUCGAGGCGAUGACGGUGGCAUGGACCACUAGCGCCUUAGUCUUCGCCUACAUCAUGAUAUGGCUCACUUACUUCGUUGAGGGCAUGUUGACUGGCACCACAGCUAUCCUAACGCCUUAUGUCACGUCUGAUUUUGCUAGGCACUCCCUCACGCCGACCGUCGGUAUCCUGAGCAAUGUUGUCGGCGGCGUCACCAAUCUCACUCUGGCCAAGGUCCUCGACGUCUUUGGUCGGCCUCAGGGAUACCUCUUCUGCAUAGCUGUCGCCAUGGCUGGGCUCAUCAUGAUGACCCUAUGCCGCAGUGUCCAGGCAUACGCCAUCGCCCAGGUCUUCCAAGUAGUUGGAAACAACGGCAUUUUGUACAGCCUGGCUGUCUUCGUUGCCGAUACCUCUUCACUGCGCAAUCGGGGUCUCAUGCAGGCCAUCGUGAGCUCUCCGAAUUUGAUUACGUGCUGGCUGGCUGGCCCGAUAUCCUCUGCGUUCCUGAAAGGAUCUAGCUGGCGUUGGGCGUUUGGAUUGUUUACAAUUCUCGUGCCAUCUAUUACGCUCCCGCUUUUCGGCCUUCUAUGGAUCAACUUUCGAAAAGCCAAGGAGCUAGGCCUUGUGGCAAAAGGCGACAGCGAGAGUGACCUCACCGGCUUGGAAUCCUUCGUUUACUACUCUCGGCAGUUUGACGCAGUGGGCCUCGCUCUGCUAUCGGCGGGUGUCGCUGUCUUUCUUAUGCCCUUCAACGUAUAUACACUUCAAGGCUGGAACUCUCCGCUUGUCGUCGCAAUGCCGUCUAUUGGCCUUCUUCUCAUCAUUGCCUUCGCCAUCUGGGAGAGAUAUUAUGCCUCUAUCACUCUCCUACCCUUUCCCUUGCUCCUUGACCGUACUGUCUUAGGGGCUUGUAUUCUGUCUGCUACGCUAUUUGUUAGUUUCUGGUGCUGGAAUAGCUUCUUCAGCUCGUACUUGCAAGUUGUUAAUGACCUCAACGUCGAAAACGCUAGCUAUGUCGUACAGUCCUACACAGUCUGCUCGGUUCUGUGCGGCAUCAUGGUCGGCGCCUUGAUUCACUACACUGGACGGUUUAAACCAGUCUGUCUUUAUAUUGGAAUCCCGCUCAGCAUCCUCGGUUCGGGCUCAAUGAUGUACUUCUGCAAAAUGCAAAGCAGUGUUGGUUACAUCAUCAUGUGCCAGAUUUUCAUUUCCAUUGCUGCCGGCAUUAUUAUGGUCUGUGACGAAGUCGCCAUUCUGGCGGCUGCUUCACACCAACACGUCGCUGUAUGUCUCGCAGUGUUGGGAAUGUUUGGCAACAUGGGCGGUGCCGUCGGCCUGACCAUUGCCUCUGCAAUCUGGCAAAGUGUCUUUCCUAAUAAGCUGAGGGCGUAUCUUCCUGUUGAGGAGCUCCCUAAUCUGGAAAAAAUAUAUGCAAAUAUCUCGACCCAACUGUCUUAUCCAGUGGCGUCCCCGGCACGUCUGGCGAUUCAGCAUGCGUAUGGGGACGCUCAGAUGAGGAUGCUGGCUGUAGGCACGUCAAUUUGGGUUGUUGGCCUCGUUGCGGUCAUGAUUUGGCGAAACAUCAAUGUGAUUGGUAUAAAACAAAGCAAGGGCCACGUUUGGUAG